AUGACCACCACGGAACGAAAAUCAGGCCUAGAAACUCUGGCCAAGUUUUUAGCAUUGCAUCCGAGCGAGAAGGGAGAGGUUUGUCUUGCUCCGAAUAUUAGUUUCUUUCAGAAUAGCAAAACUCUCAACGAAACCAUCAAGGAGAAGGGUUGGACUUUAAAACCAUGCGAAUACAUGAUGACAUACCCUUCUCAAAUGACGGAGAAACAGAAUUACGUGUUCAAUAGAAGCGAUUUUGUUGGGAGGUCUUCAGCAAUACUGGGAGAAGAUGAUCAAGUAGUAGUCUCGUCUAGUAGUUUCAAUUCGCAGAAUAGUUCUACGAGCCGUAGCUCCAGAAAAACAAGCAAGUCUCCAAAAUCCUCUUCUUCAGCCAAAAAGAAGAAACGGAGCAAAAAGGAAGCCGAGGAUUUUGUUCAAAGUGAAAACGAAGACGAAUGUAUUGAAUUUUCGGACGAGGAAAACAUAAUUAUGAAUGACGAGGAGGACGACGAUGAAAAUCAACCCAAAGUCCACAGAACAAGAAGUAGAGUUAAACAGCAGCAACAACAGCCACCAAGUUUAUCGUCACAGCCCACCAAAUCAAUACCAUCAGCAAGCAAAACAACCAAAACAAGUGCAGCCACAACAAGCAAAAACAAAACUAUUGACAGCUUCUUCAAAACUGUAGAGAUGAAAGCUGAGUCAGAAGAUGACAGGAAAGAACACAGCAUGAUCAUCUCUGAUGAUUCCCAAGAUGUGUCAACAAAAGUGGAGAGCAAAACGACAGCAAGAAAAUUUCUCAAAAAACGUGAGGAAAUCAAAGUAUCGACUAAUUCUCCAACCAAGGUUUCUCCGUUACCAGCCAAUUCUGCAAAGCUUGAGGACAUCUUCAAAAAUCUUCAAUCAGACCAACCAAGCACACGCUCCAUAUUCUCAUCACCAACUAAAAAUUCCACAACCAAGAGAGUCGUGACUAGAAAGAAAUGA